CAGAGUGUGACGUGGCAUUAAAUCUAGUGGACGGGACGCUUCUUCAACAACAGCUAAUCAGCCACCUCGGUAUCUUGCUAGCCAACAUAGCCGAAACAUUGGAGCUCUUUAGACGUUUUCAUUGUGUUUUAAACACACGUCUGUCGUAUCUACUAGUUAACCAAUUCCCCCCCGUAUUUACGUUGUUAGUCAGCUAACUUAGCACAGGGCUAGUCGCUUAUGCUAACUAGCUAGCUAAAAUCCCUGACCAUGAGCUCACCAAGGUACUCCCCGCCUGCUAAAGAAGAGGAUGUCUGCUGGACCGAGAAACAGGGUCUGUGGCUUAAUGUUGUCGUGAAAGAAGAAGAGGAAGAGAAGGAUGUCACAGUGAAAGGCAACGAAGAAGCUUCCAGAGUGAAAGAGGACGAGACUGGAGAUCUGAUUAACACCACAGGUGAAAGACCAGACUCUCACRGGAAAAGUCCUUCAGGGAAACCAGACCCACAGAAGAUCAAACCAGCAAGACCACACCACUGCUCCCAGUGUGGAAAGUGUUUUAGACAYGCAGGGAAUCUGAAAACGCAUGAGAUGAUACAUACAGGAGAGAAGCCAUAUCAAUGCUCCCAGUGUGGAAAGGGUUUUAGACUCUCAGGGCAUCUAAAAGUGCAUGAAAGAACACACACUGGAGAGAAGCCAUAUCUAUGCUACCAGUGUGGAAAGGGUUUUGGACACUCAGGCAAUCUAAAACUGCAUGAAAGGACACACACUGGAAAGAAGCCAUAUCUAUGCUCCCAGUGUGGAAAUGAAUUYUUCUCAUCUGGGGACCUGAAAAAACAYGAGAGAACACACUYWGUAGAGAGGCGUUUCCAAUGUGCCCAAUGUGGAAAGAGAUUUAUUCAGUCAGCGCAUCUGAAAGAUCAYGAGAGAAUACACCCAGGAGAACAACCAUUCCAAUGCUCCUUGUGUGGGAAAAGUUUUACCCAUUCAUGGAACCUGAAAAUGCAUGAGAUGACACACACAUGAGAAGGAGAGAUGCCUUUCCACUGCUCCCAGUGCGGAGAGGUUUACUUGGUUAGGGAAUCUGAAAAUGCAUGAGAACACACACACGGGAGAAGCCCUACCACUGCUCAGACUGUGGAAAUAGAUUUACCCAGCUAGGCUACCUGAAAUCACAUGAGUGGACACACUGUGGAAAAGUUUUACCUAGUUAGGGAACUUGAAAAUGCAUGAGAUGACACACACAGGAGGGAUGCCUUUCCACUGCUCCCAGUGUGGAAAGAGUUUUAGAAAUGCAGGGAACCUGAAAGUGCAUGAAAGAAGACACUAUGGAGAGAAGCCUUUCCAAUCUUCUCAUUGUGGAAAUACAUUUUCCCUGUCAGAGGACCUGAAUUCACAUGAGAGAAUACAGGCGCUGUGUUCUGACUUAUAUUUUUGACUUAAGAAAUUGUGUUUUGGUUUAUGCCACAUCAAAUCAAUGUAUAUGAAAGCUUACUCAAAAACAGGGUUACUUUUUUGUUUUUCUUUAAGACAUGAUAAUAUCUCAAAUCAAAAUAUAUAUUUUUUAAAUAUGUAUUUUGAUUAUGAA